UUUUGCUCUCUUUCUUCCCGAUGCUUGCCUCCCGAAAGCCCCCCAAGCCACCGACGCACCCUUGAAAAAAAAACUGGCAAAAGCUUGAUUUUUGUUCCAUCUUUUCUUGUUCAAGAACCCAUUUUCGGACCUAGAAUCCCUCUAAAUCAAAGGAAUUUUUCAGAUCUAGCUGCUGUUUCCUCCCCCCUCCUUACACUGCUAUUGCCGGUGAGAGUGUGGGUUCGGUUUCUGCCAUUCCGUGACUCCCCUGCAUUUUCCGUCAGGCCCCCAAACCCGCCAGCUCCAAUUUCUACUGCUGUUGGGAAAUUCUGGUAUGUUGACAGCUCCUCCAAGCUUGAAAAUUCAUCAAUAAAUUGCUGGCUGCGUUGUCCGAAAGUUUGCAAUAAUUAGGGGAUAAUUCCGGUAGCUUUAGGACAAAAUUAAGCAUUGAUUCAAGUAGAAUUUAUGUGUUUGAGUGUUAAUUGACUGCUGUGAGAUUUUGGAGUGAAAUCCCGUGAGAUUAGCUAGUGUUUUGGCCAAUUUUUGGAAGUUGCAGUACUGUUCACGGGUAAUGGCCAACAAUUAACGGGGAUUUAAAUGUUUAGUUUGUAAUAUAAGAAUAAAUUUGGAGAUGUCUGGUCAUGUGGAGAUUGAUAGGAAUAGCAUCGUGAUUAGGGGGUAGUCAUGGUGAUUUUACUUUUGAAUCCGUGGUACGGUAAUUAAUUCUUGAAUAUUUUGAUUAGGUUCCUGAUCGUUCUGUCAGUUUAGCACUGAGAUCGAGUCUUCGGUUUAUGCAAGUGGGUGGGUGUUACACGCUGGCCAUGACUUAUAGACGAGACCACUACUAAAUUUUCUUCUGCAUUAACGGUUUGUAAUUGGACACUUUGUUAUGGAACUAAAUUUGAUUCUAUAUUAACGGUUUAUCAUUGAACGUUUUGUUAUGUUAAACUGUUUAUUUGGCAUGCUUAAAUUUUACCCAAGGGCUAUCCAUAUUUACUUACUGAGUUUAUCUCAUAGUUUUCCUUGUCCACCAUUUUAGGAAACGAAGUCAAGGACGGGGAAACCAUGGGAAGUGACGAGUUAGAAGGCUAGCCAUUUCGAGAUUGAUAUAGAUUUUAGAAAUAAAUCAUGCUUUUGUAAGAUAGAUUUUACCUUGAAUUUAUGAGAUCAAAACAAAUUUCGGUCAUUAGACCAAUUACUUGGAUUUAAGUCAUUUUGGAUAUAGAAAUAAAUUAAGAUGUUUGAUUUAAGUUAUGGAGUGGUAUCAGAUUGUGAUAUGAUUAAGUUCCGAGCCUUGUGCAUUUGUGGGACCCAUCUCACGAGUGCAUGGCGUUUGUCGCACCUCAGAUUUGGGAUUUGUUUAGAACUUGGCUGGCUAAUGGAUUUUAGAACCGUGGUGAGACGAGUGAUGGGGUUAUAUAAAGGACGAUUCUGAUUCCCGUUGCCUGAAUUUCCUAAUCCAUUUUGAUGAGAUGGUAAUCUGAUUGUCUUGUUUCCUACCUUCAUACCUUGUGUAUAGUCAAGAGAUUAAUCUUGUCCACCAUGUUCUUAAGACCUUGUUUUGAAACUUGGCCAUUUUCUGAUAGUUUGCACUUGUUUAGACUUGUUACAUGAAUAGAAUUUUUGUAUGCUCUUUUGCCACAAUUAUAAAAUCUAAGGAGUUGCAAAGAUUUUUGUUAUUAAUCCUGUUGGUCUCUACAGCAUAGCUGGUUGAGAAUUUGUUCUGUUUGUCACAUGACCAGUGGAAGAUGGGCAACCCUCUACUUGUAAGAGAUUCAAGGCUAUUUUAACAAAUGUUGUGUGUUUUCUAGAUGCGUUUUAGGAGCUGGAUAACUUGGUAAUUUCGCUGCCCAUUAUCUUUCUAAAAAUCUUAUAGUGAAGUUUCACUUGGUAAUUUAAGCAUGUCAAAUAAACAGUUUAACAUAACAAAACGUUUAAUGAUAAACCAUUUAUGCAAAAUCAAAAUUCAGUUCAAUAGCAAAGCGUUCAAUGACAAACCGUUUAUGCAGAAGAAAAUUCAGUAGUAGUCUCAUCUAUAAGUCAUGGCUAGUGUUUAACACCCACUGGCAGGCAUUAGAAAUUACCAAUGUGUUCGCCCAUUGGCAGGCGUCAGAAAUUUACCAAUGGAUUCGCCCAGUGGCAGGCAUCGAAAAUUACCAAUGUAUUCGCCCAGUGGUAGGCGUCAGAAAUUACCAAUGUAUUCCCAUUGGCAGGAUUACAGAAUGAACCGAUCAUAUCAGUAAACAUGUUGACAUGUGCUAGUGUUACUCCCACUAGCGAGGGUCAGAAAUCAUGACUAUAUCAGAGAUAAAACCAUGCAGGAUCUACAGAAAAUUCUGAAAUUCACAAUCAAUCUCAAAUUCCAAA